AUGGACAACAGUGAAGAUCCAUUUCAACAGGUUGUUAAAGACACCAAAGAGCAAUUGAAUCGCAUAAAUAAUUACAUAACCCGUCAUAGUACUGCUGGUGACGACGACCAAGAAGAUGAAAUACAAGAUAUCCUAAAGGAUGUUGAGGAAACGAUAGUGGAUUUGGAUAGAAGUAUAAUUGUAAUGAAAAGGGAUGAAAAUGAUGAUGUAAAUGAUAGAGAAGCCCAAGUGAAAGAUAUAAAGCAACAGCUUGACGCUUUAAAGUUGCGUUUUGAUCGAAGGAUACAAGAAUCUAAACAAACAACUAUUUCUCUAGAAGAGACAGUAGAAAAUUCAACCGUAUCGAACGGUAGGGCUGAAAAUAAUGACGGUGGUAUGUCUAACCCAUUUCAAGAACAAAUGUUAAAGGAGCAAGAUGUCCAUUUAGAUGGUAUCCAUAAGACAAUGCAGAAUUUACAUAUGCAAGCUCAAACAAUGGGGGAUGAGUUGGAAAAUCAGGGACAAUUAUUGGACAAUAUGGAUGAAGGUAUGGACACUGUUGUGAAUAAAUUAGCUAGAGGCCGUAGACAAUUAGAAUGGGUCUACGAAAAAAAUAAAGAAAAAUAUGACGAUUGUUGUAUAGGACUACUCAUUGUUGUCUUGAUAAUUUUAUUAGUUUUGGCAUUUAUAGCUUAG